CCAGAUGCCAACGGAAUGGGCACCGCGCUGUCAUAUGGUUCCUGUCGCCGACGCUCGAGAAAUGACUGAGGUUUGAGGAGGCACUGAGACUCAGCUGUGACGCAGUUAACCAAACCUCGACUUGGAUUAACCCAUCUCUGCCUUUGCACCUUUUGCCUGUGAGCGACGCGUAACGCGCAGGGACAAUGGGAAUGGUCAGAGGUUGCGAAGAGGACGCCGAAUGCCAUGCCGCACACAUGUCCUCCCUAACAUACGAAUCCAGGCUCAACGCAGGUUAUUGAUUAUGCUUGAGGUGUUCCGGGGUCCGACCAGGUGCCAGACGUUUCAGCAGCAGCAGAGAGUCCAGCGAGGUGGAUGCUGCGCGGCGACGCGCCCCCUGAAUCCCUAAACUGAAUCUUACAGACAGUGUGACCGUUCGAGCGCGUGUGCAUAUGUGUGUGCACGUGUGGGGGCGAGAGUGACAGUGUGUGUGUUGGCACUUCCACAUGGCCUCCAUGCAGGACGGGGUGAACUUCUCAACUCAUCCCUACAGCAAAGUACUGCUGCUGGGGGCCAUCGCCGCAGCCUCUGCCUUCGUCGUCACCAUCAUCAUCGUUGUCCUGUGCGUUGGCUGCCAGAGGAAGGGGAAGACGCACAAUGGCCCUGGAGAGGAGAGGAAGCACAGACUCAUGGACAUGAGUAUACUGCGGCAGUCCAAGCUGCGAUCCAUCAGUAAGUCAGACACCAAGCUUCAUGAGAUGAACAGACUCAACUGCAAUGGCAAGAAAUCUUCAAAGAAGAACCGUCCCGCCAGCAUGGAUCUACUUCUGCUCCCCAGCCGUCGCUCAAACUCGGACCUGCGUUCUCAGGGCCGCCAGCUGCCUCAGAUCCCCUCUGGCGAGGAUGGGGAACACACAUACGCCGAGGUGGGUCGCCGUUCCUCUCCCACACGCGGUGCUGAGGACGCCCGCUACGGCGUGGGAGGUCGAGCUGGAGAGACGGACACCCCCGCACCACCGGCAGUCCCUGCUAACACCCCAGCCCCACCUGAUCCUGAUGGAGAUUGCUUAGAGGGUGGGAUGCCAGAGUCAGAAGCCAUCCCCCAGGUGGUGAACACGCCCCCUCAACCCCAGGAGACAGUGGAGUAUGCCUGCAUCCGGAAGGUCAGGAGAGCGGACAAAGCGGCCCAGAAGAGAGACAAUGGAACGGACACAGAAGACGGUCUUGGACAACAACAACGACACAGCAGUGGGGAAAUCCGACAUGCCCCUCCAACUCACCAAGCCCCGCCUCCUCCACACCCACACAGUCAGAAAAUGCCAAGGAAAAAUGUGGAUGCGUUCAACGUUCCCUCUUUUCCUAAGGAGGCAGUGUUUAUGGGAAAUGGAGAGCAGUAUAUAUGGAAACCUCCGGAGGAUGAUGACAUCAUCUUCCAGCACAAGCAGAUGGGUAUACUGAGCUCUCACAUGGCAGAGAACAUGGCAGCAUCUGCAGCAGGGAUCACAGAAAUGUAUUCCAAGGUCUGCAAAACAGGCAAGAAGAAGCGAGGCAUGCCCGGCUCACCCCCAGCCCCAAGGGACAUCAGUGGUUAUAGGACCUUGGCUCGCGUUGACCGCGGUGACCGUGAUGGGGGUUUUAGUGUGGUAGUCAAACCCCAGACGUGGGCCCCGCAGGAGGGCAAAAGCUCCAGAGUUCCCCCUGGCUGCAUGGAGGACCACUGCUACGAAGCCAUCAGCACAGAGGAAACAGACCUGGCUUACGAGACCAUGGAGGGUGGGGGCGGUUGGAGGCGUGACAGGCCUCCGCCCAACGCCAGCGCUACCUUGCGGCCCAAACGGAAAAGACCCCAGCAGCCCCUGCAGCAACCGCCUCCGCCCCCUCCACCGCCUCAGCAGAACCCCAAACUGCAGCAUCUCACGGCAAAAGGCCUGGUGAUUCCUGGGGAGAGCCUGUAUGAGAGCAUCCCUGAUCUGAAGCAGGGCUCGACCACCUCCAGCACAACCACAAUCUUUACUUUUAACGAUGGCAUGGAGAUGUACGUCACUGGCCUGUAGGGGGAGCUAUGAUAAACUUUUAUCUUGGAGACAGCAAUGUGUGGGAUGCACACAUUGUAACACUGCUGUGUAUUUUACAUGGGUUCCAAGUAUUAACUGAGCAUUUAUUGAGUUUUGUAAGUCUAGUUGAAGAUCAGUAUUCCUGCGGCACAAAAUGAUAGAAUGCUUACAUGAAAAUAUUACUAAAUGAGUUCAAUUAGCACACCUUCAUUGCAGAGACGAAACGGUCACCAGUGCCCUUCACCAGCCACAACAUAUCACAAUAGACAUAACAUAUCACAAUAGACAUAACAUAUCACAACAAACAGUAGCAUCACUGGGAUUCCUGUAUAAAGAAGAUUAUACAGAAUCCUUGUUUUUUUAUUUAUUUACAUGUAGUUUUAGACGAAGCAACCAUCGGAAUUGCGGGUCAAAGAUUUAUUUGAUGCCUAGAAAAUCCCAAAGGAGAAACAGUGAGCACAAGUCAGAGCACAUCUUCUGAAAAGCACAGAGUUUAAUAUCAUUCUUGCGGCCACCUGAUAUAUUUUGACUAGAUAUUGUCAGCAAAACAUUGACCCUAUUAAAAAAAUACUUAUUAAACCUUAUUGGGGAGCCAAGCAAAACAUUAUUGCAAAGCAAAUUAUAUAUUGACAAAAAUCUAUAUUUAAUCUGUUCAUAAAAGAGUUGAUCCUAUUUAAAAGCUAUCUAUAAAGUUUUAGAAAAUACACCGUCCUAUUUUUGUAUAAUAAUAUAAAAGCCUUUAUUUGUGUAAAAAUUAAGUAAUUGCAAAUUUAAAACCAAGAUUCUAAUUUGAUGGGUCAAGCAGUUCUCAAAUAUAAAGAAAUUUUUUUUUUUAUUAAGCACAAAUAUCUCUUGCGUUAGCUUGUUAUCUGUCAAAGACAGUCCCCUUAUAAAAAAUGUACAAAUAUUUUAAAAGAAAAUAUUAAAUCCAUUAAGCAAACUAGAUGGUUAAUUGCAAUUGUCAGUGAAGUAAGAUCGCAGAAAGAAUAGCAACUGCUCAGGGACAGUAAAUAUGACAUAAUUGCACACAAAAGAUAUGACGUAUAUGACCGGAGACCCCGAUGUCUUUUCAUGUUAUUUAUUUAUUGUUUGUUUUGGUCAUUACAUCAAUUCAAACUGUCACAAGUCACCACAGCACUUCAACAUGGAAACGUAAGUGUUCUCUAUCAAUACUCUUUAUGCACUUUGCCUGAUUAAAAAGAUGCAUGCUUUCAAGAAAAAAACACCCUUGUAAAGGGAAAAAAGAAAGAAACGUGAAAAACUAGCUCUGUCGUGUGGUAUCAGAGAAUGGUUUGGUUUAUUUCUUGCUGUUGUCAGUGGUCUAUUUGAUUUAUAUCUGAGAAAAGCACAGAUUCGCUUCAGUACCGGGGAGACCAAUGAGGACUCAAGGAGGACUCUCUAAAUAAUAAACUGAAUGGUUAGAAAUAUAUCACAAUUGGUCAGUGUGUCAUAGACAAUCCCUUUCCCCUCUGUCAUUUUCAAAAGCAGUCAGGGUGUGUGUGUGGAUCAUGAAAAAAUUCAGUGGAAUCACAAUUGGAUUCACAGUUUGAAUCUCCUGUGCUAUAUGGAUAUAAUGGGAGGUUUUAAAAUAAAGGUACAAUGAUCAAGCAAUUUGAAUUAGUGUAAUGGAGGAUAGGGUUUUAUGGCCAGACAUACUUCACCAGUGGACUAUGGCAAACUCAAUGAUUUAUGACAUCUCUGUAUGGACUAUAACUGCUUUUGGUGUAUUUGAAUCUGAUACUAAUGUGAUCUAUAAACGAAAUUAUCCCAAAAUAGCUGGAGCACAUGGAAAGGGGCUCAGGUCAACCAAAUAUAAUCAAACAGCUUCUCUGAGUUAAGCUAUUAAAUGUUGGUGCAAUGUUGUAAAUAUGUUAGAAACAUAUGAAGAAAGGGGUGGGGGGAUUUGCUCUUGGUGUUCCUGAAAGUAUUCGUUUUUUUCCAGUUGUCCUUUCUGGAAUGAUUUUUCUCUGGUGACAAACUAUCGCAGUAUUUCCGUGAGUUUUGAUUAUGUGCUUUGGGAUUCUUUUUUAUUUUUCACAUUAUUUUAGCUAUACUGUGUAUCUCAAAGACCAGUUGAGUUUAGUGUGGCAGCUAAUGUUGUGCGUUUGCUUAUCAAACAACAGGGUGGUGUGUAUUAAAGCUGUGUAAUUAAGUACUAAUGUGCAAAAGAUUGUAAUGUUUUUAUAUCAAAAUGACUAUUCAUAAAAAUGUUGGGUCAAGUUUAUACUUUUUUAAUAAAGUAGCACUUCAAAAACAAAAAUCCAUACCAUAUAGCAUUUACAUACUGUUUUCUCACAGUAAGCCUUUUAUUUAAUACAGCCUUUAAGUGCACUGUCACAAAAAUUGUCAACAUAUGUACCCCAGCUGUCACUGGGGUGGCACCCUUUCAAAAAGUUCAGCUUUGAAUCUAUAAAUAGUUCAUAUUAGUACCUCAAAACUACAUAUCGCUUCCAAAUGUAAACAUAUAUGUAGAUAUUAGGAUCUUUUAAAGGGUUAUGCCCCAGUGCCAGCUGAGGUACAUUUUUUGACCAUUUUUCUAACAGUCUGUGAAGUACCGUGUAUGGAAGUGUUUUUGUAAAAGAUGUUUACUAAUUUAUUAUUAUAGUCAAUUACAUGUAGCCAUAACAUUAUUCUGUUACUAGUCAUUUAAUAGUAGCCUAUCAAGAAAGCUUAUAGGCUGAUUUGUUUAUAGUAAAUAAAUAUUUUCAAGUAUUUUUUGAAAGUGAAUUGAAUGGCAAAAAAACUGUAAUCACAUUUCUUUUAUUAAGAAUUAUUUAAAAAUAAAAUCUAGGGGUAUAAAACUCAACAAUAUACCUUUAAAACUCAUAUCCUCAAAUCUCUCAAGAGCUCAAAAGUGUUGGUUCUCUGACUUACCAAAAGACCAGAUGUGCAUCUGCGUUAGAUUUGCAUUUUGUAAUGUCUGUAAGCAUUAGUGCAAAAGGUUUAGCAAAUAUUCCUGAGGACAUUUCUUAUUCUAAAUCUGGAUGUGAUUAAGCUCUGAUUAAACCAGCUUUGAUUGGUUAUAUACUCAGGUAGAUUAAGGAUUGCAUCCGAGUUCUUUGUUUACCCUAAUUAGCCAUUGAAGUUGUAGUCACAUCAGUCUUUUCACUGUGGUACAUGCGGUUCCUAUGACAACUGCCUCACUGUCAUGGUGUGGUAUUUAAGAAUUCCCCUCCAUUGAGACGAAAUCAUCAUUGCAUUUCACAAUAAGAUUACCACACAGACAAAUGGAGAGGGGUUCAAAUGAUUUCCCCUUUAUUCAAAUGCUUCACUUGAACAUAUGAACUUGUGUUUAUAAAAGCGGAGCCUGUUCCAUACCAGGGUUCGUGCGUGCAUGCGCGCGCGUGCGUGUGUUUGCGAGUGUCACAAAGCUUGUUUCUGACUUGCUCUGAAAAAAAAUAGGUCAUCCUUAAAACAAAAAGGGUGCAGUCAACAUAGCAACCGUCUGCUGUUUUUUUAUUGGCUGACUUGUUUCCAUGGUAACAGGUUAACCUUGAGGCUGCAGUCGCAGACCAGUUUGUUGUCUAGGCGAAUCCAGCGUAUACGAGGAGCUUUGCUAAGUGGAGAUGUCACCCAGGCUUUAAAGCCACAGUGACACUGGAAAAGGGUUUGGCUUAGCAGACUCCUACAAUAUUUUUGCAACACUGUAAACUAAUGGGGGCGAUAUAUACUUAUUUUCUGCAUAUUGUUGGGGAAAAUAUGUUAAAAUCGCAAUAAAGUAAACCCCUUAAUAAAUCAAUAUAUUUAUCAGCUGAAUACUGUCUGAGCCAUUCUAAAAAAUUACAUUUUAUUUUAAUGUAGUGCCCAUCUAACCAAAUCUGUCAAAUUUGAGGUCUGAAGACAAUGCUGAUAUCUAGAUGGUAUUUUCCCAUUUUAGCACUUUAUGGCUUUAACUGGUUUGUACUGGUCUCUCUUUAAACAGUUACCUGAUUUAAUAGCCUUAUUUUAAAAAUGAGUUGUUUAUGAAAGUUCUUCCUGCUGUCUUAUGAUGGCUGUCAGAUCCAUCUUUUGUAACCUUGAUUUUCCUUCAAAACACUUAAUGCGUAUUAAAAAAAUUCUAUCCUACUUGGCUGUUCAUAAUUGCAUUUCAAUAGAGCUCUCCAAAUUCAAAACUUGUUUCUACAUCCUUUCAAUGAAGACACAUUCACCCAAAGCUGCGAACAAGCCCUUGAGCUGAGAACCUGUGAAGGCUAAAAUCCUCUCAGCUUUUCUUGUUUUCGAGUUUGAUCGUGUUUUUCAUACAUCAGGUCAUGGCUGUUUCGAAGUUUCCAAUAGUUUUAAUUUUUACAUUGUACAAACAGUUUGACUGGGUUGUCUCUUUCCUAUAAACACAAUUAUAUCUGUAUAAUCUUUUUUUUCCAAAUACAUUUCCGUUUCAGAGUCGAGUUCUCCUUGCCCUUAUUGAACUGCAAAAGGCACAAUUAAACAGAAUGGAUGGUAUACUGCCCCCAGGUGUUGAAGAUACAACAGCACGGGGUUAUUCCCAAAAAUAAGUUGUUUAAAGCAAGGGUAUUCAACUUUUUUUCACUUCGAGGACUCCUUACUGUCUAUAAUAAUAUUUGAAGCCCCCCAACUCACAAUUUCUCCUAAGUAAAAUAUACUAGAGCUUGGCAUAACUAGAGAGGUGCAUUUGGUACAAAAAUAGCCAAUCGUUACUAUUUGUUGUUUUAGUUUAUUUUAAUGCUUUUGUCUUAUUUUGAAUCAUUUUAAGUCAUCUUAAGGCCCCUUUGGAGGUUUGUUGAAGCCCCCUAGUGGGAGCCGGGCGGCCCCCUGGUUGAGAAACACAGUUUUAAAGGGGUAGUUCACUCAAAA